GUAAGUGGCGUGUUACACAUUUCGUAGAGCAUAUACCAGUAAAGAAUUCCGUUCUGGAAGUAAAGUAACAAUUCUGUCUUUUAUGUGCUCCAAAUUACGUUUUAAAUUGGAAUUACUGUGCCGCGAGACACCAAACACUGUUCUUUGAGUGUAAGUGUUUUAUUACCGAAAUAUAUUAGUAAGUUACGACGAAAUUUGGAUUAUCCGGAUAUGAGUUAGGGGAGAAGCAGCAGACACAUUUCAAACCCCACAAACGAGCCUAAUGCGAGCUUUACAGUCACGUCCGCAGACAACCCAAGGACAUUAGGAGCCGGAAAACCCCCAGUGUAGCCCAUUAAGGUGCUUUGUGAGGCUGCAAAUUAUGUAAACAAACGUACACAUCAGCGGUUACUGCUAAGAUGUAAAUGGCAUGCUAGUUUGCUGAAUAUGACUACAGAGAUCGCACCACUGCUGCUGGGGGCCGUUUCGCUGGCGCUCCUCCUCUGUCCGCCCACGUCGCAGGACCCCGUCGAGGAGGUCCUGUCGUCGCAGGACGGGUACUACCUCGAUGCGCUCGACGAGGUCGCCUUCGCAAGCGGACCAGAAACUCUGGAGUGCCCCUCUAGCAACGUCAUAACAACGAGAUAUAAGUGCAACGUAGGAGGCAAAUGGGUUGACUGCACCAGGAGGCAUUGCUGCAAGGAUUACGUAUACUUAUUAGGCAGAUGCAUACACAAGGACCAAGAUCCCUGCACGAUGAAUCUGUGCGAGCAGCGGUGCUCCCUCUACAUGCAACGCCUCAUCUGUACUUGCUACGACGGCUACAAAUUCAGUCCCGAGAACCAGAAGAAGGGCAUCAAGCCUGUAUGUGUGGACGUCGACGAGUGCUUGGAUCGAAACGGGGACUGCGAGCACAACUGCAUCAACGAGCGGGGCUCCUACCGCUGCUCCUGCCGACCCGGAUACGAAUUGCGGCCAGACAACAGGACGUGCGAGCCGCUGGGGGCCGCAGCAGGAUCGUCGCAGGAGCAGGCGGCUCACGUAAAUCGCUGUUACGCCAACUGCGACAGCGUCGUGCGCUUGAACGAGAAACUCGCUACGGUCCAGGAGAAGGUCUCCGCCCUGAGUACGGCAAUCAAACUGUCGAGCUUCGCCUCCGGCCCUCCAGGUCCCUUGGGCCCCCCAGGACCGCCCGGACCGCCGGGGCCCCGCGGUUUUCCAGGUCCAGAGUUUGGUCCGUCAAAUUCUAAUCCUGACUACACGUAUUCCAUGCUGGAUGCAUUUGUGCCAUUACCGGGUGACGACAAUGCCCAGUGCAAGUGCAAGAGAGGCGCCCAAGGCGACAUUGGAGCGCCAGGGCCUCGAGGACCUAAAGGUGAACAGGGAGAACGGGGUCUGAAGGGACCGAAAGGGGAGAGGGGUUCGUUCGACAUGCUUCUCCUCCUGCUCGCCGACGUGAGACACGACAUUGUCCAGCUGCAAAACAGAAUCUACAACAAUGGAGAAAGGCCGCCAAAAUUCGACUUUGAAGCCGCUUUGGAGAAAAAACGCUUCAAACAGAAACACCGAUUCAUGCGCCACAAGAAAGUAUUAGAGGGUUUUGCCAAUCUAACAGUAGAAACGAAGCAAUCCCAACAAACCGUAGGUGCUACGACGCAGAGAACUGCCCACGUCACUACGAUCCCCUCGGAAGACAUAGAAGAAUUCCGUGAUAUGGACUUGACGAUUCCCGAAGACCAAAUUGAGGAUUAUUAUGAUUCUUCGGGAGACAUGUCAUAUGAAGACUAUAUGUGAUACUUUUUAGUUAUUUAGGUGAUACUGUUAUAAUACAAGUUUUUUUAUGUGCCUUAAGUUAAUAGAACAAGCAAAAUAUUCAAGGGGAUCACCACACCAUCAAAAAAUGUAUAUGUAUUUCGGAAAACUCCCAUUUUUUUUCCAUUUUUUAAUUCAAUGUUAAUCAUAUUUCCUACUUUAUAUUCUAUAUCUGAAUUGAACUACUUUGGAAAAAAUCGCAGUUCCACAAGGGGUUCUACAGGAAUUCUAUGUCGUCUUGGACAUUGUCAAGAAGUGGAGUCAAUUUUCAAAAUAAUUUUUUUGCACAUUUGUUAAUGAUGAACUGUAACACCGAAUAAAUCUUAUUUCAUAAAAUUA